CGCGGUCCGUCUCCGGGCGCCGCGGCGGGAAAUCCGACGGGCUCCUCCCGGCCGCCAGCUCCUACUGCCCUGGCACGCCUGCCUGGGUCGGCCCGGUGAGAUGGAGGAGGACGAGGCGGCCGAGGAGCAGCAGCGAUUCUCCUACCAACAGAGGCUAAAAGCAGCCGUUCACUACACUGUUGGGUGUCUUUGCGAGGAAGUUGCAUCGGACAGAGAGAUUCGGUUCAGCAAACAAACCAUUGCGGCCAUCUCGGAGCUGACUUUCCGGCAGUGCGAAAAUUUCGCCAGAGACCUCGAAAUGUUUGCAAGACACGCAAAAAGAAGCACAAUUAACAUGGAAGAUGUGAAGCUCUUAGCCAGGAGGAGUAAUUCACUGCUAAAAUACAUCACAGAGAAAAGCGAAGAGCUUGCACAGUUUAACUCAGAGCAAAGAGCAAAAAAGAGGAAGAAAUUAGAGGAAGAAAACCAAGAACCAGUGGAGCCAGCAGAGGCUGCAGCGGCAGAACAGGACAAUCCGAGCCUGUAGCCGUCGCUGGCAAAGGCAGCCUUCAGCAGGGAGGUUGCCAAGAGCUUGCGUUGCCACAAAGGGGUUUUCCAAGGGGUCAGUAGAGAUUAAAAUAAAAAGGCUAAGAGGCUUGCUGGGCUGCUUUCUCAGAGUCAUUGGCUGCCAAAGCUGGUGUCAAAGAGACCGGAAACUCUCCAGCACAAUUCUCCCGUCUCUCACCCUCCACUAACACGGGAGGCUUUGAGUGGCCAAGAUUGGAAGCUGUAUCUAUUGCUAAUAAAAUUGUGUCAGCAGCUUAAA